GACCAUGGAAGAUGCGGGGAAAGCCCUCGCGAUCUCUCCUCCGCCGUUUACUCGAGCAGUCGUCUCUUCUUCUUCUUCCUCGCUCUCCCGCGUUCUUCCAUUCACAUGAUCGUCUCAGAUCUCAUGGUUGUCGGCCACCGAGGAAGUGCCACCAGGUUUGGCUCUCGUACCCCUUCUCAACUUGUUGUGCUUCAAAGCCUAGAUCGAUUCCAUCCCCAAAUGCGGCGAACAGUGUUAGGAGUGGCAGUGGUGAGGUUGAAUUGGGACCGAUAUUGCAUAUCGGUAUCGGGAAAUCUGUUCUCUCUAGGUGUUCUUUCCUGUGGGCGAAAAAAACUGACACCUUUGUGGAGGAAUCGUCUUUGCAAGACAUCCUCAAGGUAUAUGGAGAUCUGGCCCCUGAGAGAACUCGCCGUUUCUGGAGAGCUUCGGAACUGAGACCUGCAGAUUUCCUUGAAAUUCUUCUGGGUUUUGGAGAUGGCGAUUUGAGUUUGAGACAGGUUGAUUUUUUGUGGAAGUUGUUCAGAUGGGCUGAGAGACAGACUCCAGGUUUUAAUCACCUUCCCAGGUCUUAUGAAGCCAUGGUUUUGGUUCUUACGGGAGCUCACAAAUAUGAAGAUGCAGAAUCCUUACUUCUAGAAGCUGAAUCAAACGAGAUUUGGUUUAACUCUGUCCCACUGUUUAGCAUCAUAAUUCAAGGCUAUGCUGAAUAUGGAAAAUCAGAGAAGUCAUUGGCUCUGUUCGACAAAGUCAGAGAGAGGGGUAUAAUACCAUCGCCAUCCACUUAUCAAGCUCUUUUAAGCCUUUUUACAAAACAUAAGAAAAUUGAGUUGGCUACAAAAGUGUAUUGGGAUAUGGUUGAGGUUGGUUUAGCAUCAUAUUCUGAAGACUGCAUCCUGAAUACCAUUGUUGAUGGACUGACAAAUAGCAACAAAAUCCUUGAGGCCUUAACCUUGCUCAGGAAGCUGAGGAGUUUGGGUAUCACAGCGAGCAAUUUCGCUCUUUCAUCAGUUGCUUUAGGAUUCUGCAAAAAGAAGGAUUUUGAAGAUAUGAUAACCUUUCUAGAUGAGUGGAGGCAUGCUCCUGAAAUUUAUAUUUGCAACAAAAUAAUUUCUUCAUUGUGCUUAGGUAUGGGAGCACAACAAUCAUGGUCCUUCGUGCAAAGAAUGGAACACUUUGGCUUCAAGCCAGAUUCGACUACCUUUAGUAUCCUUGCUUAUCAUAGUUGUAGGAACAGAAAACUGAAGGAUGGAUUUGUUUAUCUCUCAGAAUGCUUGUCCAGAGGUUUAGCACCGAAUACCUACAUUUAUAAUGCCCUUAUUAGUGGGAUCUUUAAGAAGGGAUUGCAUGGACAUGCUAAAGAUAUCUUUGAGGACAUGCUAGAAAGAGGUAUAAUGCCAAAUCAUAUGACAUUCAGAAUUUUGUUGGCUGGCUAUUGUAAAUUUAGAAAAUUUGACAAAGUUAAAGAGGUCCUCUCCGAUAUGAAGAAUCGCUGCUUGAUUUCUCUGGAUCCCCUAGAUGAUACACUCUCUAAGGCCUUAAUGUUUCUAGGACUUGAUCGCUUGGAUGUAAAAGUAAAGCGAGAUAAUAAUGUUGGAAUUUCUCGAUCUGAAUUCUUUGACUGUCUUGGCAAUGGAUUAUAUUUAGAUACUGAUAUAGAGGAUUAUGAAACUUCCUUGGAAAGGAUCCUUGAUGACUCUAUAUUUCCUGAUUUUGAUUAUUGUUUAAUGCGGAAAAAUGACAAUGUUGAUUUACAGAUCGCACUUGGAGUAAAAGAUGAAUUAAUCCAAUGGGGACAGAACCUUUCAUAUUCUACCUAUGCUAAUUUAUUAAGAUGCCUUGCUGCUAGCCAAGACCACCUAAAACAAGCUGUUGGUCUGCUUCGUGAUAUGCCAGACUUAUUUGAACAGCUUGAUGGUGAAACUCUUAAUUUGCUCCUGCAAAUGCUCAGCAAAAAUGGAAUGGUAGACACUGCAAUGUUUAUUUUAAGGAGGAUGUUUAACAGAGAUGUGAUGGUGGAGAGUCAAUCUUUUAUGAUGCUCAUUGUUGGAGUAUGCAAAGAAAGGGACAUUGAUGGACUCAAAGAAUGCUGCAACCUUAUUCUAAAAUGCUUGUGGUCACCAGAAUCCAAGAGCAUUAAGCCUCUUUUCAACUCUUUGUGCAAGUGGGGAUUGAUUGAAGAAGUUCUACAGCUUUUUGAUAGGUUAAUUGAGAACUAUCCUGAAAUGGUUUCAUUUUUAUCUAUCAGGCUUCUGAAGGAAUUAUGCAUGACAGGCUAUACAAGUGUUGGUUGUGUGUUGAUGGAGGAACUUUCUCAGAGAACUAUACUCAUGGAUGUCACAGCCUAUCAAUAUCUAGGUAUGGGUUUCUUGAAGGAGAAGCAUCUUUCUGAGUCACUAGGAAUGUUGGACAUAUUACAUAGCAAGAACAUGGCCUUUUCUAUAAAUGUUUACCAGAACUUUGUACGAGUAUUACUUAAGUUUGGCAGAAUUGAUGAAGGAUUUGCUCUUAAGCAAUCUUUGCUGACCAAGAAGCCUGACAGUGCUAUUGUUACUUACAGCAUUCUUCUGAGUGAGUUAUGCAGAACAAAAAAACUGAAUGUUGCUUCAUCUCAAUUGCAAGAGAUGCUUCUGGGUGGAAUAUUUCCAUAUGAUACUGCUUUCAAUGCACUUUUACGAAUGUAUUGCUUGUCAAAUAAUUUACGGGAAGCACGUGGUAUACUUGGUAUCAUGGUAAGAGUACAUUGUAACCUAUCUAUUUUAGGAUACCGGAGUCUUGUAAGGCAGAUGCUCUUGAAUGGUCUGAUGUCUUGUGCUAUCCGACUCAAGGAUCUGAUCCUGCAUAAAGACAGAUCUCUACAACUGUGCUUGUAUAACAUUUUGAUAUUUUAUCUCUUUCAAACAGGUAAGAGUUCUUUUGUUGAAACACUAUUAAGCGAGAUGGAUGACAAAGACAUUUGUCCUGAUAAAAAUACUUAUGAUUUUCUUGUGCAUGGUUUUCAUAAAUGUGGAGAAGGUCAGCUAUCAGUUGAAGCACUUAAUACAAUGAUUUACAAGGGGUGGAAGCCCAGCAAUCGGAGCAUGAGAAUAGUCGUGUGUUAUUUAUGCAAGGAUGGCAAACUUGGAAAAGCAUUAGAAUUGAGCAAAGUGAUGGAACAUAAUAAAUGGAAGCAUGGUUCAGUAGUCCAGAACGCACUUGCUGGGUCCCUUCUUAGAUGUGGUAGCCUUUCUGAAGCUGAACUUCUCUUGGACAGAUUAGAUAAAAAGGGUCUGAUUCCCAUGAAAAUUGAUUACAAUUCUUUGGUUCUGCAUUUUUGCUUGCACGGUAGAAUAAAGAAAGCAGUUGAACUGCUGAAUGUGAUGCUUAAAAAGGGCAACGUUCCAAGUGACACAAGUUAUAACUCAAUAAUUCUCAGAUUUUGCCAUUGUAAAACAUUUGACCAAGCACUUGAUUUCUUUGUUGAAAUGCUGCAUAAGAACAUUCUGCCUAGUGAAGAGUCUCGUUAUGCUCUAGUGAAUGGUCUUUGUGAGAACGGAAGGACUGAUGAUGCACGGAAUUUACUAAGAAGUAUGCUUCAAUUCAGUCUUCCUCCAACUUACAACAUGUACAACUGCGUUCUUAAUAGUUUCCGUCUUAGUGACAACCUAGACAAAGCAUCAGAGCUUCUGAAUGAAAUGCAAUUGGCUGGACACUCUCCUAAUUUUGAGACUCAUUGGUCCAUUAUAAGAAAUUUGGAUAUAGAAAGUGACAAUGAUAAUGUUAAGAAUAUUUUAGCUGGUAUACUUUCUGGGAGUCAAGUUCCUGUAAAGAAUUCCAAGAGAAAAGGUUUUUGAUAUUCUAGACUCUCUCGUCCAAUUUAGAAAGUGUAGGAAUCUUCUUCCAUAAAAUCCACUCCAUUAAUCUUCCUUGGGUAUUGAUUUUUUGUAAUAUAUGAUGCAAGCUAUGAUGAUGUUUCUUUUUAAGUUGGCCAACUAUCCUUUUCAUUCACCAUCGAUGCUCCUGUUGGUAACAUAAAAAGUGAAUUAGGUUGGGUUAGAGAGAUGAAACUGGAGCAACUAAUGAUGGUUAUAUAUGUGGACUCGCUUUUCACUCCACCCGAAGAACCAAAAGUGCAAAAUCUAUUUUGGAAUUCACAACCAUUGCCAUCUUUAGGUUAAAGGAGACAAUCAGAAGUGAGUUUGCCUUCUUUAUACUUGAUCAUUUCAUCCAGCUGAUAAGGGUAUCAGAUUUUGCGAAUGAUUGAUACCGGUUCCAACAGAGCAUCCAUGGAGUCCCUUGCUUGUGGUAGAAGAAAAGGU